AUGCCCGGGAUAAAUCUUGCGGAAACGAUCGGUGAACUCAGCGUCAGUGACGAAUGGGGCCCCGCAAUCGCCAUCACGACAACCCUCGACGGCGUCCCAUAUGCCCCAUACUCCAAAAGCGAUAAACUAGGUCGUAUGGCCGACUGGACCCAAGAAGGCAAAGAAGGUCGAGAUCGAGGUGGCAGACAAUAUGGGAGAAACUACAGAGACCAACAAGUCUACGGCGCGGGCACAUCCUCUCUCUUCGCCGUGCAAGCCGCAGAAGACGAAGCCACCUUCUCUGUCGUCGACAACACCAGAACAACGGCAAAGGGCCGUGGCUUUGGUCGAGGCGGAGUGACGGUCUUCCGCGGCCGAGGUCAACGAGGAGCUGCCCAACGAGGACAACGAGGAGCAUUCCAAAGAGUCGGACAAGGCCGUACAGGAGGUCAACAGCAGGGACAGUUCUUCGACCAGAGAGGCGGUCGAGGUGGAAGAGGUCGGCGAUUCGGGUGGCGAGACUACGACAAACCACAAAGAAACCGUGACGCUUCAGUCAACAUCCGCCCCGACUGGGUCAUGAAAGAGGAAAUCGACUUUAACCGACUUGCAAAACUCAACCUCGAGACCCCUGACGGAGAAGAUAUCGACAGCUACGGGUUCCUCUACUAUUACGAUCGGUCCUACGACAAAGCUCCUGUGAAGAACACUGAGCGCAAGCUCCUGUCCCUUGAGCGGGCCGCAUACAAUGUGACCACCUCGGCCGAUCCGGUAAUCCAAGAACUGGCUGAGAAAGACGAGGCCACCAUCUUCGCCACUUCGGAUAUUCUCUCCAUGCUUAUGUGUGCGACUCGCUCUGUGUACAGCUGGGACAUCGUGAUACUGAAGCAUGGUCGCAAGAUCUUCCUGGACAAGCGGCCGGACAGUUCUAUUGACCUGGUUACGGUCAAUGAAAAUGCCGCCGAUGCACCUCUAGAAGCAGACACCUCCAGUACGCCAUCCCAACAACAAACCGGAGUGAAACCGGAUAGCAUUAACACCCCAUCCAACCUCGCCAUGGAAGCCACCAUGAUUAACCACAACUUCGCCUUCCAAACCGUGAUCGAAAAUCCCAACAGCAAAGUCGAAUUCCCUCACCCCAACCCAUUCUACAGUGCUUCCGAGGAAACCGACCCGCUCGCCUCAAAGGCAUACAAAUACCGCCGCUUCGACCUAUCGCUAGAACGUGACGAAGAACCUCUCAACCUGAUCGUCCGCACGGAACUCGACGCCGCAAUCAAGAACAACAUCUCAGGGGAGGAUCAGUUCCUCACACUCAAAGCGCUCAAUGAAUUUGAUCAUAAGGCCCAGGGCAGCGGUGGUGCAUUGGAUUGGCGCACAAAACUCACCUCGCAGAGGGGUGCCGUGGUCGCAACCGAAAUGAAGAACAACAGCUGCAAAUUGGCGAGAUGGACUACACAGGCAAUCCUCGCCAGGGCGGAUCAAAUGAAGCUCGGCUUUGUGUCGAGAGCGAAUCCAAAGAGCGCGGCGAACCACGUCAUCCUCGGUGUUGUGGGAUACAAGCCACGCGAAUUCGCCAGUCAGAUGAACCUGGGCUUCUCCAACGGAUGGGGUAUCGUCCGAACCAUCGUCGACCUCGUCAGGAGCAUGUCCGAUGCCGCUGACGAAGAGGAAGAAGGAGCAGCAGCAGCAGAGAAAGAAGAAGCAGCACCCGGAAAGGACAGGAAAUAUGUCCUGGUCAAGGACCCGAACAAACCGGUGAUCAGGCUGUACGAGGUGCCCUUGCACACCUUUGAGGACGAGGACGACGGCUUGACAGGCACCGUCGGCGAAACCGACGGCGCAGGAGAGGAAGCAGAGGAAUCAUAG